CGAGGGCAAACCGACAGAUCAGUCAAGUUACAGGCAUAACGGGAACUUCCUCUAUUGGUGUAGUGGAUAUGUAGCUUAACCCACCACCUUUUGAGAUGGUCUGAAAACUCACCUGAGGACACAAGACUCCCUUGUGAGGAUGCAGGGGGCCAUUGCUCGUUUCUGUGUGGUGGUGGCAGCUGCCAUCUUGAACCACCCCUUGCUCUUCCCCGACAACAGCACUGCGCCGGCCCCUGAACAGGAGAAUGAUCUGCUGGUUCGCAUGAAGGAACACCAGGAGAGGCUGGAGGCUGAGCAGACUAGGUUGGAGCAAGAGCUCUCAGCAGAGGCCCUCAGCGCUGACCUGGAUGGCAGCUACAGCUGGUACUUCUGGAGCGCCCUCUCUCUCGUCAUCUUCUUCACCAUUGAGGUGUGCAGGCAGGAGGCAAGCCAAGUGGAUGGCCAGGGCUCAGAUGCACCCAAUGAGGAUUUGGACGGUUGGUUUAGUGGAGGAGGGUCCAGAGACAGGUACUUGGUUUUAGAGAAGGGUGCCCUCGGAAGCCUCUGUGAGACAUGCUUCCACGGGCCCACCCAGGAGAGUCGCAGGGUGCGUGAGUUUGUGGAGGGCUUCGCGGAUGAUCUACUGGAGGCUCUGAGAAGUGCAGGGGACCGCGAGGCUGACAUGGAAGUGGAGGAUUUUGUGGGAGUGGGAAGCGUGUUUGAGUCCUGGGGAGUCUGCAGGCCGUUCACAUGUGACCUCAUCGUGCCCUUUGCCCCGCCUGAACCCUAUUGCUACCAGUUUCAACUGUGGUGCGGGCCAUCGAGCGAUCUGACCCCGGACCUGUGGCAGGGCUGUGGUCAGAUCCGUGUGGCCCGAUUGGGUGAGGGUAGCGCUGACUGCCUGUGUGGGUCCACCAACCUAGGUGAAGACAUGCUGUGCCUGGUCCAUGCCAGGAACGACCCUCCCAAAGAUGCUGACCACUGCCUAGAAGAACUCCUUUGCUCAAAAGGCACAACCUACCUGGCCAAAGACCAGGUUAUGAAGUGGUUCCAGAUCUCUGUGACCAAAGCGUGGGGGCGCAUCUCACACAAGUAUGAGUUUGAGCUCACUUUCCGAAACCUGGACUCCCCUGGAGCCCUAAAGAUCCGUUUCAGGUCGGGAAAAGUUGUGCUGCUCAACCUAACCCCUGUGGUACAGCUUGAGGACACAGACGCGUACUUCAUCUCGCAUUUCCCCACGGAUGGGGAGAGCUCCUCGGACAUGCACUGGCACCUCUCCUUCUCUGUGUACGAAAGAAAUUUGCUCAAGCACCUGGCCAAAAGUCUUCCUGAGAGCUCCUGCCACAUCCGGUGCCUGCAGGUUGCCUCGUUCCUCCACAAAAAGCAGACCAGCCUGACGGGCAGAUGUGCUCUUACUAACUAUCACCUGAAAACUGCACUGCUGCACUUGUUGCUUGCUAAACCCCCUUCUGCAUGGGGACCUCAAAACCUGGACCAACGGUUUGGAGAUCUGUUGGGUUUACUCCAGAAAAGUAUCCAGGAAAAGAGACUCAGUCAUAUCAUCAUCGGGAACUCUUCAGUUCCAGCCGAAAUCAGAGUUCCUGAAAUAUUCCGGGCGGCAGAAUCAGUCAAUCUUUUCCGGCCACUGGUGCUGCAAAGGCAGCUGUACACAGGAGUGGUGGAGCAUGUCCAAGAGCUGGUCAGGAAUGCUCCAGUUCUGAUCCAGGAAUACACUCCUCAUGUUCCCAACGGAGAUGUUCUCCGUGGGCCACACUCAGCUCGGCAGUCGUAGUGCGGCUCACCGCUAAAGAAUGGACUGUAAUCUGAGGUUCAGUGACUCGGUUGUAAUUGCCUGACAAAAUUACAGAUUCCUAUCACAGGAACUGUCGUGGCUGGGAAGGAACUGAAUGAGCAGGGCUCUGGAUUUUGUUUGGUGGUUGGUGUACUUUUUUUCCCUGGAAAGCAGCUACUAUCACCAAGACAGCAAUGACUUAUUUCUCCUUCAGAUUGCAGCAAAAAAUGAGAAGGCACUGAUCACAUUCUGUUCUGCUAACAGUGUAGUGUUAUUUAAUAUUUUUUAUUGCACAUUAUUGCACAUUACUUGAAUGCUUUUCCCAAGGUCUCAUGGUCAUUCUAUAAAUAUUGUGGCAUUCCUUGUGGAAGAAGUAAAUGGUUUCCACUGAACUCACUUAAAAUUCCUCAGCAUCAUUCAGGAAGACAUGCCAAUGGUACUUAGUCAGUUGUCACAAAGGUGGAGAUAACAUUUUGAGAAAUGUGCCUACAGAACAUGGUUUCGCUUUUGACCUUAUGACUGUUCACAGUUGAACAGGUUCACAAAAGAUUCGUUGCACUGGUUAUGUUAUGCUUUUGAAUAGGGACAGAGCUAGGAGUUGAAAACAUUUGUAUGUUUAGCCCAGUAAAGUUGUUAUGGGGAAGGUGUCCAGGUGCUUGUUCAUGUGUACUCAGAAUAUAAGGGGUAAUAGUACUUUGCUAUUGCUAUAGUCAUUUGUUCCAUUUAGAGAAACCU